UCCUCGUCAACGAGUCGGCCAACCUCGUGACGUUCACAACAGAGAUGGGCAAUGUUAUAGCAUGGCACCUGAAGUGGAAAGCAAAAGUCGGAAAAUUGAAACCGUCUUCAGUAGCAACAACACAGGGAUUGUCCAGCACCACGAACACCUGGACAUCCACAGAUACAAUUAUGGAACUGACCAACACCUCCCUAAUGCCCACAGAUACAACACUGGAACUGACCAACACCUCCCGAACGCCUUCAGUUUCAACACUGCAACUGACCAACACUUCCCUAACAACAACAGGUACAAUAUUGAAACACCAACCGACCAACACCUGUCAAACACCCAAAGUUGGAAUAACACUGAGACCUAUCACGGAUACAAGCCAUCAUCAAACCCUGCACUACUCGCCAGAAUGGGGACGACAUACCCGUGGUACCACUAUGUAAGAGAGACAAUUGUCUCCGACGGUCAGACCGGCGGAUGGUACGUGUACAACCAGAGGUCAGCUGACACCAAUAAUUACAACAGGAUCCAUACGUCGUACCAAACUAUCCACGACGUCAAUAACACCAAUGGACGCUGUAGCAGAUCGUACCCGACACUCACCUCGGCACGUGUAAAUGUUAGCAGCCAUCACGUCAAUGGAACAUGGACAAACGGCACCAACAGUUGGAGAAAUGAAACCGCAGUCCAGGAGUACUAUGGCAAUACAGUAUGGGCAGACAACACAGUCGAACAGAGAGGCGGACAAACCGCACAGAAACAUGACACUUCACAUCGCGACAGUAGUCAGUACCAUGUCCAACUCAAUGGACUGGGACAAUGGAACAAUCACAAAUUAUACGGCGGAUGCUUCCAACACAAAAGUCUUCAAUCACAGAACUGCAAUACUGUAUCACAGACAAAUGAGGCACCAGAUGGCGCCACACGUAAACGUAAGAUGACCGGUGGAACCGAGGCCACACCAAACGACGAGGUCGCCAGUGCACCUAAAGUUGAUAAGCGCGCCCUCUAUAGUAAAUUUCGUGUCAUGAAGAGAACAGAAAGAUCCCCAUCGUGCAAUGAAAGUUCAAAGGUUACACCAAUAUUAUGGCGAGUUAAACUUGAUGACAAAACUAUGGUUGACGUGAAUCACGAGGACGGUCUACCAAAUAAUGCAAAAAUGCCAAAGAUUGUCACAACCUUGACCCCUGUCAAAGAAAACGAGGCGGCCGCAACAAUCGGGAACAUCAAAUAUAUCACUUUGGAAAACAUGAGAGUCGUUCGGCGGAAGUUGGAGGUGGUGCUGGCCAUGCAACACGUACGGGAACGACAAGAGCGACUCCAGUUAGAGGCCAAGGUCAGAGCCAAGGUGAAGGUCAAUGCUAAAGAAAGGGCAAGAAAGGACAAGAAAUGUAAUGACCGCAAACGGCUGGUGAAGAUUGGACUGUAGACGACCAGAAUGAGAUUUAGAUGUAUACGAUGGAGAACCCUCGCCAAGAAUGCUUAAUUUAAAGAAUAAAAUUUGAACAGCUGACUGAAAAAAAUGAUUUUGAAUUAUCAGAAAUAUAAUUGAAACCCAAGAUACGCCUAUAGGCUAAUGACAUUUUAUCUGAUUAUUUGUAUUGCUUUUUUUUAAUACACAUGCAUCGUAUAUGUUUAUGUACGAAUAAAAAAACAAU